CUUAUGCUGGGGUCUUCGAUUAUUUAAGUCCUUAAAUGUUUUACAAUUGCCUAUAAGGAACAUUUCUGACUUCUGUAUGUAGUCUGGUUCCUUGGUAUAUAAUCACCAAACUUUUUAAGUAAGUAUUAGGUUUCAUUAAUGACCUAAGUGUUUAAACAAGUUUUCAUUGUAAAAGAAAUCCCUGCCAUUGUCAUGGGGUCCUUGUUGCUAGACCACAUUAAAAAGCAAGCAUCUUCUUUUCUACAAGAGAAAUACAAAAAUGCUAGGCUGGCCUUCACAGACGUUACUGAAGCUGAACUGUUGGUUGAAGAAGCAACAAAUAAUGAUCCAUGUAGCCUUGAUGCUAGAAUAAUGACUAGAAUAGCUGAAGCAUCUCUCGAGAUAGAUGAUUAUUGGAGAAUUGUUGAUAUUCUUCACAACAGGUUGUCUAGUAAUGAUUGGAAGCGAUGGAGGCAAUCCUACAAAUCACUGGUGCUUCUUGGGUUCUUACUAACCCAUGGUCCUGAAGAAUUUGCUGAAGAAUUUCAAUGUGAUACUGAUGUUAUUCAAGAGCUCGGAACAUUUAAACACAUAGAUGAAAAGGGGUUCAACUGGGGAAUAAGCAUGCAAAAGAAAUCAGACGAAAUACUUAAACUUUUGGGAGGAGGAGAGACACUCAAACAGGCACGAUUGAAAGCCCUCAAAGUAACAAAAGAAAUCCAAGGAUUUGGAGGUUCAAUGGGUUAUCCUUCGUCCUCUACUCCUUCCACAACCACUCCUUCCUCCUCGUCCUCGGAAGCAUCAAGAUUUUCAUCAUUUCUCUCAUGUUCUACCACAAGUCCCACAUGGAAUGAUAUAAAUGAGCUAGACAAGCAUCAACUGUAUACACCCAAAAAAGAAGUGCUGGGAAGUAAUUCACAAGGAGGUAUACAUGAUGAGGAAAAUCCUAUUUUCCCAGCUGCAAACAAAAAUUCCGAAGGAUCACACCUGUGGUAUAGCCCUCGGAUUCAAGAAACGGGUUCUUUACUUGAUUCUGAGGAUGAGGAAGAUGAAAAAAAGGAUGGUUUUAUGAGUGGAAUUUGCUCGAAGCUUGUUGGAAGUAGUCCUUCAAGAGGUAAUCUCGAAAAGGUUGGAUUUAGGAGUGUUUCUGAUGCCGGAAGGAUGACAAAGAAAAGGUUUGAUCGUCAGCAUUCGCUUUGGUAUUGAUAGGGUCAUGUAAAUACAAGUUUUUGCUUUGGAUUUGACUUUUUUUUUUUUUUUUUCGAUAAACGCUUUGGAUUUGACUUAUUUUCGUGUAUAUGUAAGUGUUACCAACCAUAAGAGUAUGAUUUUGCAAUAAACAUAU